AUGCUGACCAGACUCUUCGAUCGCGGCCUGCUCAGGAUUGGAGGAAGCUCCUCAGUGCUCAACCUAGUUCAGGCCCGCUUCAACGCUGUUGUGGGUAGCCCUCCCGGUGGACAGGAAAAAGGUAAGAAGACUAGGCGUAAGAAGCAGCAUCGUGUGAUGAAGGAAGGACCACAUAAUACUGGCAUUCAUCAGCUGUGUGCCCUCUCUCCUGAACUGACCACCAUCGUUGGGGUACCUAAGGCGAGCCGUGUUGAUGUUAAUAAGAAACUAUGGGUAUAUAUCAAAUCCCACAAUCUGCAAGAAACGACGGACAAGAGGAAUAUUAAGCCUGAUGCCGUUCUAGGCAAGAAGCUCACUUUGGUUGCUGAAAUAGAACCUAUUGGUUAG